UUGAUGACUACGACCUGUGUAUAUUUAGUGAGCGCUUAUCUAAAGCCUUCGAGAGUUUAGAUGUAAAACACUGUCACAUUCGAUUGGCCAUAGAGUCACCACACCAACUUGAAGGCGACCUCGCGCCACAUCUUUGAAUUACUUAUCAUCAUCACUGUGUGAACAACUCAAAUGUCUCGUCGUCGCAAUAUUAGACGUCCAAGCCAGCGCCGGGACUCAUUGACUUUACUGCCGAGCGAGGUCAUCCGUCAAACUUUGUCAAAUCUAGAUUGGAGAACUUUAUUAACAUUGAGACUCGUAGGGUUCUGCGAGGCUGUAUCUACCUUAGUACUCACACCUACUAUCAGGUAUGCAAAUUUCUCUGCUCGAUGGUGGACGAAAGUCCUCCUGCCCAGUAUGCCAUUGAGUUGGCCGUGUCUGGCCUGGAAGAUGGUAAGAGACGAAGCCUAGUCUCAGCCGCGUCACGACUCGCGUUGCUCAAGGAGCGCAAUGAACACUGGGAAACAUUACAAUGGGUAGAGUCGCGAGACCUACCUCUACUUCAAGAUGACAUUGAAUGGCAAUUAUACGGGGGUGUACUUGCCCAGUCUAAUCUGUUGGGCACCAUGCGUUUGUAUCAACUCCCUUCACAAUACCGCAACAUUCCAGCCAGUUCAUGGAGGAUACCCUUACUUAGCAACACCGAGGACUUUACAAUGGAUCCUGCCCAAGAUCUUCUGGUGCUUGUUGAGAAGCCCAUCCUGAUUCCAGCCCACAAUAAUACAAAGUCAUAUAUGCAGAUUCGGAUACAUCCACGAUCCCUCAGCACUGGACAUGCGCAUCCAUCUGCAGUCAAAGUCAUUGAUUAUCGCCUGUAUAUGCAAUCUGCUAAACUCGAGAUGGAACUUAGUAUCCAAACGUGUAGCAAGAUCCUCGCCAUUUUAUUCAUAGUCGAGGAUAAUAUAUCAGAGCUCAUGGUAUGGAACUGGCAAACUGGUGAAUUAACACUGAGAUCUUCCAGUCGCGACAUUACUACUUUCGCCUUCCUCACACCUCACCUUCUGUUAGUGGGAACGGUGAUGGACGAGACUGGAGUCACGGAGCCUCGACUUUUCGUUCUGGACAUAUCAAAACCUUCCACCAAAAAGGUUGCCCUCACCAACGAUUGUGUUUGUGUCUUUGGAUUCCCAUCUUUUGACUUUGUUGUCAGUCCUGUGACGAUUUUAAUUCGCUCUGACCCAUCGCCUGGGUGCAAACCUAACUCAGAGGCGCACGUUCCCUUCUCAAUAGCACAUGGACAACGACUUUUCCUUAUCACCACUUGGGUUGAAGAGAAGCAGGAGACCGUCUCGUAUGACCUGUUCGUACCAGAAAACGUAUUAUUAUCUUCUGUCAUGGCCCUUCCUCCACAGACUCGUCGACAUGUUAUCAACUGGAACGAGUGGGGUCCCACAGGUACCCGCUUUCUGAAGUCCCCACCUCACCCUCAUGUCUGGACCGGAAACGUGUUUGGAAGCAAAUUUGUUUCAUUCGUAACAGACACUGCAGGCCGAUCCUCGCAGACCUUACAAAUCUGGGAUUUCAACCAACUUGCGAUCAAGCGAGCCGCAGCAUUGGGCUUUGAGAAGGAAGAUAUGCGUCUUGUAAACGACACAACAGUCAUAAAGGACAAGGUGUUCGCUAGGAGGGUCCGGACGAGCCUUCCUUACACCAUUACCACACGCACACUUCCUCCUCCUCGCUCCCCUGGAGAACCGACAUUUACAAACGCCAUGCUUGAUGAAGACACCAUUGUGCUCGUAGACUGUGACUACCGUCGUCUUCGCGUUCUAACCUUCUGAACGCUCAAGGUCCCCUGUUCUGUCUCAUCCGAGGCUGUCGGCCUCUAGAAGUCGAGAAGGCAGCCUUUGAGAUGGGAUUCCAUUGAGUACAAUACGAACUGGAGCAUCUAAAAGUAGGGAAUUGUCUCAGUGUUGGCCAUACUCCAUGAUAAACACAUUGCG